AUGCACGUGCUGGGCAGUAUGGUCAUGGCCAUGCUGCUUCGAGGAACCAUUGUCAUGUACAAGAUCCUCUACAUGAUGAUGUUCCUCUCCUGUGUGGCGCUCUACCAGGUCCAUUACGAGUGGUGGCGAAGAAUCCUGAAGUACUUCUGGAUGUCGGUGGUGAUGUACACCAUGCUGGUGCUCAUCGCUGUUUACACCUUCCAGUUCAGAUCCGACACAGCGGGCAACAAAGACAGCUUUCGGGACCUGGGCCUUGAGAAGUUCUCGGUCUCAGAGCUGUUCACCAGGAUUUUCAUCCCCACGUCCUUUCUGCUGGUGUGCAUUCUCCACCUGCACUACUUCCACGACCGCUUCCUGCAGCUCACCGACCUCCAGGCGGUGGUGGCCAAAGAGGAGAGCACUAUCUACAGGCUGGUUCACCCGGACGGCAGCCUGGCAGACCUCACCAUGCUCAGCGCAAGCUCUGGGGACGCCUCGCUGUCCAAGAGCAAGGAUGAGGAGCAGGGGCCCCAAAGCGUGCGGGCCGACUGCGGCGUCUCCAAAGAGCAGACCCUGGUUGUGGUGGCGGAUGAUGCGAGUUCGGCCGGUACCAAGCCUGGCAGCCUCUCCGACGCCAGGCAGUCCAGCACAGACGAAAGCCACCUCUUCAGCGUGGGCACUGAGCCAGGACAGAGCACCGAGCAGAGCUCCGACCUGAAGAACAAAUGGCACCUGGUGAUCGACCGGCUCACCGUGCUCUUCCUGAAGUUCCUGGAGUAUUUUCACAAGCUGCAGCUGUUCAUCUGGUGGCUCCUGGAGAUCCACAUCAUCAAGAUCGUGUCUUGCUACAUUGUCCUGGUUGCCAUCCGUGAGGUGUCUUUGCUGAACUAUGUUUUCCUGGCGUCGUGGGCCUUCGCGCUGCCCUACAGCCAGUAUCGACCUCUGGCCUCCAGUGUUUGCUCCGUCUGGACAUGUGUCAUCAUCGUGUGCAAAAUGCUGUACCAGCUCACGUCUAUCAAGCCGUCGUCCUUCUCCAAGAAUUGCACCAUGCCGGCAGCCUACUCCACUAAGCAAGAGGAGGAGAUGCAGGACUCCGUGCUCUAUAAGGGGCCGGUGGAUCCAGCCAACUGGGUGGGCCUGCAGAAGAACGAGGAACUGCUGGACUACAUCAGGCACAACCUCCUCAUUCUGGCACUCUUGGCGUUCGAGGUGACCAUCUACCGCCAUCAGCAAUACUUCCGACUGAGAAACAAGCUGUCGCCUCCCGCUGCCAGGAUCAUCUUCCACGAUAUCACCCGGCAACACCUGGACAUCGGCAUCAUCUGCUUCAUCAAAUACUUCAUCAACUACUUCUUCUACAAGUUUGGACUUGAGACGUGCCUGCUGUUGGUCGUCAACGUGAUCGGGCAGCGGAUGGACUUCUACGCCAUGCUGCACGCCUUCGCCCUGAUAACGGUCAUGUACCGACGCAGGAGGAAAGCCAUCGCCGAGAUCUGGCCCAAGUACUGCUGCUUCCUGGCCUGCAUGAUAACCUUCCAGUACUUUGUCUGCAUCGGGAUCCCCCCCGCCGCCUGUAAAGACUAUCCAUGGAGAUUCCCAAGCUCCAAGACAGACUCCAAUGUGGUCAAGUGGCUCUAUGUCCCCGACUUCCUCUCCAGGCCCAAUCCAUCCUUCCUUAUCUACGACUUCAUGCUGCUGCUGUGUGCCUCAAUGCAGAGGCAGGUGUUUGAUGAUGAAAACAAGGCGGCCGUCCGCAUCAUGGCCGGAGACAACGUGGAGAUCUGCAGGGAUCUGGACGCGUCCUCCUUCAGUGUUCACAACCCCGUCCCGGACUUCAUCCACUGCAGAACCGAAGAGUGGAUGACUGACAAGAAGGUUCACUCGGUUUAUUUAAUCCAGCAAUAG